AUGACGUGUCUCGGUUGCCCCAUGUUGACGACAUUGUAUGUGGCACGACAUGCCCACCGUAUGAAUGCAAAUCAUUUUGGCGGAGGGAAUGUAAUCCCCCGUGAUCCACCGCUGACGGCGCGCGGCGAAGAACAGACAGGCGAGCUCUCAUCGUUCUUUGCGUCGUUGCCGGCAGAGGAGCAGCCGCAGUGGAUUGUGUGUUCACCGUAUACACGCUGUCUGCGCACAGCCAUGCCAGUAGCUGAGUGUCUCCAUAUUCCUGUUGGCGUUGAACCUGGACUAGCAGAGUGGUUUGCACCUGCUUUUCCUCAAGAUACGGGCGUGCAUCCUAGUCCACGCACAGGCGAACAUGUUGUGGACGAAUUUCCGACGAUCUCGCUGGCAUGGACACCGUUGUUAUACCCAGAUCCCCACGGGGAGACCAUUCCAGCGCUGCAUGAACGUAUGCGUGAAGUGAUGCGGCGCAUUGAAAAGCGAUGUGCUGCGUGGGGUAUUGAGCGGGUCCUCCUUGUAUCUCAUGCCGCCUCUAUUAUUGCAUUAGGCCGUAUGAUUCAGACGAUCGCUUCGUAUGAGGAUGUACGCGAGAUGCCUAUUCGUGCAGGCACGGCAAGUGUAAGCAAGUAUACCCGGGCUGGCAAUGUCUGGCACCAAGAGUACAAUGGCGCUACCUCUUUUCUGCUGCAUGGCGAAGAACGCGCCUGGGAUUUCUCGUUUGUGCCUGACAACAAUACAGAGCCAGGUAUGGGACCCGACUGGCAUGAUCCAUUUACGCCAUCGGACGACUCACUGGUGUUCCGAGCUAAACUGUAG